UCCGCAAUUUGUAAACAACUCCAGGUAAAAAUGGAUGUGAAGGACUAUUACACAUGGACUUACCCGGAUAUACCCGAAAAUGUGGCCCAGGAAAUGCAGCAGCUACAAAGUUCGCUGGUUGUGGUCGGAAUCGUGGGCCGGUCAAAAUGCGACCAAGCGAACAAGAUGCAGGCAUUUGGAAUGGAGCCACCUCUCAAACACACAGCAAAAGAUGGCCAGGUGCAGUGCUACUACAAGCCGGGAACCUCCUGCCUAUUGCUCCACUUCGAGACCACCUACGACGAGGUAAUCCUGGAUCAAAUGAUAGAUGUCUGUAUGGAGGACGUGGAUACUCCCUUUGAAUUCGACAGUUUCUAUGAGAAGAUGCGAUGUCGAUUCGUGCGCAUGACUCUGCUGGCCAUGCAUGUUUGCCACAUUGUAGUUUACGUAGAAACUGGACAAACUUUCGAUCCAACACUGGUCACGGUGUUCCAGUUGCUGAAGUUUGCUAGGGAACAGCAUUUAAUGCACUUCUUACCUCAAAUGCUUAGGGAUACGCCAGCAGCCAGAAUGGGCGAUAAAGCACGGCUGUGCGCCCCUAGAAUUCUCUUCCUGUUCGAAAACUUCCCACGUGAUGAGCCCAAGAACCGGGAAUGUGUCUCUGCCUACGAGUUCCAAACUGAGGAUUGCAUAUAUGAGUUGCUGCGCCAUCACAAUAUCGUUACCAACAGUAGCAGUAGUUCGCUGGUAGCUCUGCCCAAUAACAAGCAAUUUGUCUUUUUUAACGCCCACGAAGAUUUGCAUCCUGACAAACUGCUAAAGGCCAUCGAUUGCCUCAAUCUGGCAAUGUACAAGCCGGAUGCCAAGGAAGAGGAGGAAGACCUAGAGAUCCUCGAACUGGCUCCCUUCGAAGGCUUUGUCAAACCCUAUGGCCCACCGCUGAAUGAAAAGGAGUUGGAGAAGCAACAGUAUAAAAAGGACCACACGGUCUGGCAUUUUCUUCAGAGACACGUUCACGAUGCCUUGUUAGGUUGUUUCGAUGAGGGCUCCUUUAAGCAGGUACCACAGGUGGGUCAGUUCCACCUGCUGAAUAUCCAGGAAUGGCACGAUUGCAUGGCCACGAUGUAUAAACUGCUUGUGGAGAACGCAAGAUAUCCGAAUCAAGAGACUAGCAAUGAAGAAUAUAAAAUAUUUUUGCAGAACUUCGACGAGAGCUUGAAUUAUGAAAAGAAAUUUUGGGCUUACCUAUGCGAAAUAGGCCUAAAGAAGGGAAUAUCUGCCUACAAAAACGCUGCACCAGCGAACUAUGGUAGCUCCACCCACAGGCAACUCUUGGCAGAUGCCACCGUUGCAUUUGAGGAGGAGGGUCGCGGUCCGCAGGCAACGGCGGCACUCGCCAAGCUGGCAGCUAUAUGCCAGAAACACUGGCAAGAUGGGCGUCAACAGUGCGAGCAGCUAAGCCUGCGCUCCCAUCCCUGCACGCUUCCCAAAAAUGUCCCCCACGAUAAACACAACAGUGGUGUGAUCCACAUAUCUAGCUGUAAUUGCGGCCGCACACAAGGUCGUCGGGAAGAUCCGUUUAACCUGCGGCAGGCUAACUACGAGUACUACGAGCACAUCGCUAAAAUGUGCAACCUGUGCGUUAAAGUCAAACAGUACCAGUUCCCCGUUUUCGAGCCCUCUGUAAGUGAUUAUCGUGCGGCGGCCUUUGAAGCAGCGUUUCCCCUUCUGCACACGGCCAAAAGCGGUCCGCCGCAGGAGGGAGAUGUUGAUGAAGACCAAGAUGAUGAGGAGGAAGGUCAGGAGAAACAGCAGCCAGUGGAGGAGCAGCAGCAGAAUAACGCAAGCAACGGCUGCUCCCAGCCUCUUUCACCAACAUUUGGUUCCGAUUUAAACAUGUCCAUAGCUGGGUUCGGAGCCUCACUGAACGAAUCGCAUGCAAGCUCCGAACAGUUGACAAAUUCCGAGCAGAAUUCCACAAGUAGUGGGACAUCCAGUGCCGAUACGGAAAACGAACUUGUGGUUGAACUCCAGGAACCUGUCAAGAAAGAAAUUGCUGGACCACCCGAUUCUUAUUCCACCUCCACCACGGAAUAUUUACCGGGAUUGGUGCACACAGUCAGUGACUUCGGUCUUCUGCCGCUCUUCCCAAGCUGGUCACUGGCCUGCGUGGGUCCCAGCUCCAUUUAUAGCCACAAUACCGGAUUGCAAGAGCAUUUCCAGAGUGGUUUCUUGUCCGGCGCCAAUUUCCUGCUGCCUUGGGAUGUCCAAUUGCGGUUAGUUCACGCCCCCAAGCAGCAGCACCACCCUCACCACCAGCAGCAGCAUCCUGGAAAGAAGCAGCAACGGUGGAAAAAGCAAGGCGAUAGGCUUUCUCUUAAGAUCUUCGUGGGAAUGGAGUACGAGUGCUCUCGUGGACAUAGGUUCAUGAUGUGCGCCCCGGAUCGAGUUCUACGCGGUGGGGCAGACAUCGAGCGGGACACCUGCAGCAAGGUGGUUCAUAAUAACAUGCCGCUUUAUUAUCCAUGCCCCUGCCGAUCCCAGACAAACUACCUAGCGCAGCUGAUGCGCAUCCAUGUGGUGACACCCAAGGCUCCAGUCAAUAUUAUUGUGGAUCCUAAGGUGUGCGUGGGCAAAGGGAAGUACACCUUCACUCUAGGCAGCAUAAUCCCACCACGCCUAUCGCAAAGCGCCUACUGGAUCAUUAGGCUGCCCUUCGUCUAUCAGGGCGACGAUGUAUUGAUCUCUCCGCCAGAGAAACUGGAACCGGAUGAUCCGUUGGCCGGCGGUUAUCUGCUACCUGGGAUGUUCGGAGUGGCGGAGACGGAUCCCUCGUUGGACCUGAAUGAGCCUGGCCGCAUUGCAGCAUCUGCCGCAGGAAAUUUCACAAGGAUUUAAAGACAUUUGUUAGAUAAAAUCUACACAAAUAAAAAAGAAAAAUCAAAUACAA